AUGGAAACUCAUCGAAUCCAAUCUGCGGCUCCUUUGGAGCCGCAGUGUGCCUUGGGAGCGCCGUCUCCGCAGGCCCGCCGCCCGCGACGCCGGCCGCUGCCCGCGCUGCUCGCUGUCGUGACUGCCCUCGUGAUUUGCCUCGUCUGCAUUGAAACGCCUGGCGUCGAGGCGGGCUUUUGGAGGGAACUAGAUCGUAUCGAAGAUGAUCUGGAGGACAAAACGAAAAGCAUGAAGAAGUACUGGAAGAAAGUGAAGAGAUACCACAAGAGAAGUGAGCGGAGCACCAAAGCAGCGAGCAAACUUGAGAGAUACGCGGACUUAUUGACCCAAAAAAUGUUACGCGUCAAGGAAGUCAUGUUUAAUCUUAGGUCCCGACUGGAUCGUGCGCGAGAAGAGGCGGAUAGGUCGUCGGGUCGCAAGAGGAGAAAGAGAGAGAAAAAAAUCAGGGAUGCGGAGGAAGAAAUCGAGGAUACGAAGAAGGAGUGGCGGAGAGCAGAAGAAGUCCUGAGAGACGUCGGACGAGAUGCACCAGCUCUUGACGAUUCUGCCAGUGAUGGCGUACACGGCAGGGAUGAAUACAGGGACUGA